GACUCCAAGACCCUUCUCUUUGGCGAGAAAGAAGUCACUGUCUUUGGCAUUAGGAACCCUGAGGAGAUCCCUUGGGGUGAGACUGGCGCGGAGUAUGUUGUGGAGUCCACUGGUGUCUUCACCGACAAGGAGAAGGCUGCUGCUCACUUGAAGGGUGGUGCCAAGAAGGUUAUCAUCUCUGCUCCUAGCAAAGAUGCUCCUAUGUUUGUCGUGGGUGUGAAUGAGCAUGAAUACAAGCCUGACAUUGACGUUGUCUCUAAUGCUAGCUGCACCACAAACUGUCUAGCUCCUCUGGCCAAGGUCAUCCAUGAUAAAUUUGGCAUUGUUGAGGGUUUGAUGACCACAGUGCAUUCCAUCACUGCUACUCAGAAGACUGUUGAUGGCCCAUCCAGCAAGGACUGGAGGGGUGGGCGAGCUGCCAGCUUUAACAUCAUUCCUAGCAGCACUGGUGCUGCCAAG